GGCACCGGAAGCAGCGUUGGGCUUGGGGCCGCACGGCGCCAUGGAGUCGCUGUGGCGGCUGAAGCGGUUCGAUGCUUUCCCCAAGACCCUGGAAGACUUUCGGGUCAAGACGUGCGGCGGCGCGCUGGUAACGGUUGUCAGCGGGCUCCUCAUGGUGCUGCUUUUCUUCUCGGAGCUGCAGUACUACCUCACCAAGGAGGUCCAUCCGGAGCUGUAUGUUGACAAAUCAAGAGGAGAUAAACUGAAGAUCAAUCUAGAUGUUAUUUUUCCACAUAUGCCUUGUGCUUAUCUCAGCAUUGAUGCCAUGGAUGUAGCAGGAGAGCAGCAAUUAGAUGUGGAGCACAAUCUGUACAAGCAGCGCUUGGAUAAAGCUGGCAAUCGUGUGACUCCAGAGGCUGAGAGACAUGAGCUGGGCAAAGAAGAAGAAAAAGUGUUUGAUCCCAGUUCUUUGGACGCUGAGCGCUGCGAGAGCUGUUACGGGGCAGAGUCGGAGGACAUCCGGUGUUGUAACACUUGUGAUGAUGUCAGAGAAGCAUACAGGCGGCGAGGCUGGGCCUUCAAGAACCCGGACAGCAUAGAGCAGUGCAAGAGGGAAGGGUUUAGCCAGAAAAUGCAAGAGCAGAAGAACGAGGGCUGCCAAGUGUAUGGUUUCCUAGAGGUCAACAAGGUAGCUGGAAAUUUCCACUUUGCACCAGGAAAAAGCUUCCAGCAGUCUCAUGUGCAUGUUCAUGAUCUGCAGAGCUUUGGACUGGACAAUAUCAACAUGACACACUACAUCAAACACCUCUCCUUUGGAAGGGAUUAUCCAGGCAUUGUGAACCCUUUGGAUGGCACAGACGUCACUGCACAGCAAGCCUCCAUGAUGUUCCAGUACUUUGUCAAAGUGGUCCCCACAGUGUACAUGAAAGUAGAUGGUGAAGUGGUGAGGACAAACCAGUUCUCAGUUACACGCCAUGAGAAGAUAGCAAAUGGGCUGCUGGGAGACCAGGGUCUGCCUGGGGUGUUUGUGCUCUAUGAGCUCUCCCCCAUGAUGGUGAAGCUGACAGAGAAACACAGGUCCUUCACACACUUUCUCACAGGAGUUUGUGCCAUCCUUGGAGGCAUCUUCACAGUUGCAGGCUUCAUUGACUCCUUAAUCUAUCACUCAGCACGUGCCAUCCAGAAGAAGAUUGACCUUGGGAAGACAACCUAGAUGAGCAGCAGCUUCACUCUGCCAGGGAGACUCCAAGGAGAACUAAAUGCAAGUUUCCUUCUGAGUGCACAAGAGAAGAGGUUUGGAACUACUGAAUGACCCUGAGCACCCUUUGGCAUUCAUUUGUGGAUAGAACUGCUUGAACCUUGCUGCUAUGAAGAUCAGCCACCUCCUGUGGCUGUGCAGACCCUCCCCUGAAGCCCUUUUGUGUCAGUCCAUGCUCUGGCCUCCAGCAAAGCUGGAGGUGAUGCCUUCUGUUUGCCUGCAGGAGUCCUGCUGUCAGGAGAAUGGAAUGGAGUUGCCAUCACAUCAGCUUUCUAGCAGCACCAUCUAGCUGGUUCCAUU